AUCUGUAUGUUGUGUUCAGUUCUCAUUCGGUCGCAUGCUAUGAGUUACUCUCAGCUUCUUCUGCUUCCGCAGGUUGCAUGUUCUCCCUGGCCGCUUCUGCAAAUUCGAGCUUCGGCAUUUCAGGGUGGCAACACAGUGCAGCCAACCAAGAAGAAAGACAAUACAAGUGAUGUAAGAAACUACAACAAAAUUAGAAGAGAUGAAGUUGUCUUGCGUGACACAGAGAUAUUCAAGCAGCAGCAAUAUAAUCCUCCUCCACUUGUUACUGCAUUGAAGACUUCAGCUCAACAAAAUGCUGCUACUUUUCACUUUCCUGGUCACAACAGAGGGCGCAUUGCUCCAUCUUCAUUAACUCACCUCAUUGGUCUCAAACCAUUUAUUCACGAUUUGCCUGAGCUUCCAGAGCUUGACAACCUGUUUUCACCACAAGGGCCCAUUUUAGAUGCGCAAAAAGAAGCAGCCAAGCUUUUUGGGGCAUUGGAGACGUGGUUUCUGGUUGGAGGAACCACCUGUGGAAUCCAAGCUGCAAUUAUGGCUACUUGUUCCCCAGGAGAUUAUCUAAUACUUCCCCGGAAUUGUCAUUUAUCAGCCAUAUCUGCUAUGGUCUUAUCUGGCGCCAUACCUAAGUACAUCAUACCCGAAUAUGAUGUUGAAUGGGAUAUUGCUGGUGGGGUCACCCCAUCACAGGUGGAGAAGGCAAUUGAGGAACUGGAGAUGGAAGGUCGAAAGCCGGCUGCAGUCUUUGUGACUUCUCCUACUUAUCAUGGAAUAUGCAGCAACAUAAGUGAGAUUUCUCAACUGUGCCAUUCUCACAGAAUUCCUAUAAUUGUUGACGAGGCUCAUGGGGCACAUCUUGGGUUUCAUCCUCGGAUGCCCAACUCCGCACUUCAGCAGGGAGCUGAUUUGGCUGUUCAAUCAACCCACAAAGUUCUUUGCUCCUUGACACAAUCAUCAAUGUUGCAUAUGUCAGGGGAUCUUGUAGAUAAAGAUAAAAUCUCUAGGUGCCUUCAGGUGCUUCAAAGCACUAGUCCUAGUUAUCUUCUGUUGGCAUCUUUAGAUGCAGCUCGACAUCAACUUACCGAAAACCCAGAAGCCUUAUUUGACAAAGCAUUGCAAAUAGCAAUCGAAGCUAAUAAUGUAAUAAGAAGACUUCCUGGAAUAUCCAUACUUGACUCUCUGAGUUUCCCAAAGUUCCCAACUAUUGACCCAUUAAGGCUUACCAUUGGUUUUGGGCAGCUGAAUUUGUCUGGUUAUGAGGCAGAUGAAAUUUUGUACAAGGAUAACGAGAUUAUUUGUGAACUUGUUGGAACCACAUCUCUCACUUUUGCAUUUAACCUUGGAACUUGUAGAGAACACGUUGAGAGGUUAGUGUCCAGCCUAGAGAAUUUAGUGUCAUCUGCAGCACUGACUCAGGGCGCUGUAGGGAAGGUGGACCAUGGUGUGUCUGCACCUUUUGCUGAUUUUACUACAAGCUUAAUUCCAAGAGAGGCCUUUUUUAGAAGUAAAAGGAAAGUAAGCAUUGAAAACUGCCUUGGGGAAGUUUGUGGAGAGCUUAUAUGUCCAUACCCACCAGGGAUUCCAGUAAUGAUUCCUGGUGAGACUAUUACGCAAAGAGCUUUGGAUUAUCUUUUAGAGGUCAGAAGUAAGGGUGCCAUCAUCAGUGGAGCUUCAGAUCCACUACUCUCUUCCAUAGUUGUCUGCAACAAGUAGAGCACAAAGUCCAAAUUCAGCUUUAUUGCAAUGUAUUAAUCCAACUUAUUCUUCUAGUUAGUGUAAAAGUUAUUCAUUAUACAUGGGCAAGCAGCAGUUUCAUCAAGCAGUCUAGAAAGUAACAAGCAUACCUUAACUGAUGCAAUAGGUUUGUAAGAUAAUACAAUAUUCUGUAUAAUCUCCAAUAUAUUGUUUUGUCACAGUA